AUGGUGAAUUUUUCAGUGGAUCAGAUGCGCGAGAUUAUGGGCAAUCCUAAGAAUAUUAGGAAUAUGUCUGUUAUUGCCCAUGUCGACCACGGAAAGAGUACUCUGACGGAUUCCUUAGUGUGCAAGGCCGGUAUCAUUUCCGAAAAGGCGUCGGGCACUGCUCGUUUCACCGAUACCCGCGCAGACGAGCAGGAACGUUGCAUUACCAUUAAAAGUACUGGUAUUUCCUUGUAUUUUAAGCAAGACUUGGAUGAUGGAAAGGGAGAACAGGAGUUCCUGAUCAACCUUAUCGACUCUCCAGGACACGUUGACUUCAGUUCUGAGGUCACGGCCGCGCUUCGUGUUACUGAUGGUGCCCUUGUCGUCGUGGAUUCUGUCGAUGGAGUUUGCGUGCAAACAAAGACUGUCCUGCGCCAGGCGCUUCAGGAGAGAAUUAGGCCUGUUCUGCACGUGAACAAGGUCGAUCGUGCGCUGCUCGAGUUACAGAUGGAACCCGAGGAGAUCUACCUGACUUUUGAACGUAACGUCGAAAACGUUAAUGUUAUCAUUUCGACAUGCAGUGAUGAGAAUGUCGGGGACAUGCAGGUGUUCCCCGAAAAAGGAACAGUCUCCUUCGGCUCUGGCCUACACGGGUGGGCAUUCACCAUUGAGAAGUUCGCAAAGCUAUAUGCAGCGAAGUUUGACGUGCCCAAGGAAAAGAUGAUGCAGCGACUGUGGGGCAACAACUUCUACAACGCGAAGGAGAAGAAAUGGACUAGGACACAGACAGAAGGCUCUCAGCGCGCCUUCUGCCAAUUCAUCAUGGACCCUAUUUGCAAACUUUUCAGCACCAUCAUGAACGACCAGAAGGACAAAUACGAGAAAAUGCUGACAACUCUUGGGAUUGAGUUGAAGGGUGAUGACAAGGACCUGAGUGGCAAGGCCCUGCUGAAGCGCGUCAUGCAGUUGUGGCUGCCGGCUGGUGACUGCCUGCUGGAGAUGAUUGUCCGUCAUCUGCCUUCUCCGUGGGAGGCCCAGAAGUACCGUGUGGACACACUUUAUGAGGGACCUAAGGACGACGAGGCCGCCAACGGCAUUCGCAACUGUGACCCCAACGCUCCGCUGAUGAUGUAUGUCAGCAAAAUGGUGCCGACAUCAGAUAAAGGGAGGUUCUACGCAUUCGGUCGUGUGUUCUCUGGCACUGUCGCCACUGGCCAGAAGGUGCGCAUUCAGGGCCCGUACUACGUUCCUGGGGAGAAGACCGACUUGACUAUCAAAACCAUCCAGCGUACUGUCAUCAUGAUGGGCAAGUAUGUUGAACAGGUGCAGGAUGUACCUUGCGGAAACACAUGCUGCCUUGUCGGUGUCGACAAGUUCUUGCUGAAGUCUGGCACCCUUACUACGUACGACCAAGCCCACAACAUUGCCGAUAUGAAAUACUCCGUCUCUCCCGUUGUCCGUGUCGCCGUCAAGCCGAAGGAUAUGAAGGAACUUCCAAAACUUGUGGAGGGUUUGAAGCGCUUGUCGAAGUCUGACCCUCUGGUCGUCUGUACAACCGAAGAAAGCGGUGAGCACAUCAUUGCCGGGUGCGGCGAGCUGCACGUGGAGAUUUGCCUUAAAGAUCUCAAAGAGGAAUACGCCCAGAUCGACAUCAUUGUGUCGGAUCCCGUUGUUUCGUACCGUGAGACGGUCACCGCUCCCUCGUCCAUGACGUGCCUGUCCAAGUCGCCCAACAAACACAACAGGCUGUAUAUGACGGCAGAACCUCUUCCAGAGGGACUCCCCGAGGCCAUUGAGUCCGGCAAGAUCAGCUCAAAGGACGGUCCCAAGGAACGUGCCAACGAGUUGAGCGAGAAAUUCGACUUCGACAAGAACCAUGCGAUGAAGAUUUGGUGCUUUGGACCCGAAACGUCCGGUCCAAAUAUUCUGGUCGAUAUGACGGUUGGUGUUCAGUACCUCAACGAAAUCAAGGACCACUGCAACUCUGCUUUCCAGUGGGCAAGCAAGGAGGGUGUGCUGUGUGAGGAGAACAUGCGUGGCAUCCGGUUCAACCUGACCGAUGUCACCAUGCAUGCGGAUGCCAUUCACAGAGGUGCUGGCCAGAUCAUGCCUACGUGCCGCCGUGUCUUGUACGCUGCACAACUGGUCUCGCAACCUCGUCUUCAGGAGCCGAUGUUCUUGGUGGACAUCUCUGUGCCCCGCGAUUCUAUGGAAGGCAUUGAUACGGUUCUGUUCAUGCGUCGUGGACACGUGUUCGAGGAGGACAGCAAACCUGGCAACCCUCUUGUGGUUCUCCGUGCAUACCUACCUGUCGCGGAGUCCUUUGGUUUCACAACGGCCCUGCGUGCUGCAACUUCAGGGCAGGCGUUCCCUCAGUGUGUGUUCGACCACUGGAGCUGCCUCAACGGCGACCCUCUUGAGAAGGGCAGCAAGAUGGAGACCCUGGUACAGAGCAUCCGUACCAGGAAGCACUUGAAACCCGAAAUCCCCCCUCUCGACCACUACUACGACAAGCUGUAA